AACCCCCAUCAGUGGACGAUACCCCUGAAGCGUUGCCUAAAAUAAACACCAGCUAACCAACUACAUUUGAGGGUUUGGCCAUUAUUCUACUCAUCAUUAUUCACUUGUUAUUUUGAGGAAUCAAGUUAAUUAUCAAAGAAAAUCCAGUCUUCCUUCUCUACGUUUCGAAUCCAGUUUGCAUUAGAACGGUCCUUAUCUUCCGAUUUUGGGACUUAAGUCCUAUGAAAAUUCGCAUUUUCCUCUAGGAUCCAAAGAAAUUUGGAAGGACCACCUCCAACUGGAUAUAAAUUGUUUUAAUACAACUGCAACAUAUACGAUGAAAAGUAUUACUUCGUUCUUUCUGCUUAGCAGCUGCUAAGCAGAAGAAAUCUAGAUUUCUCUGCUUUAUAUAAAGCAUUUAGUUCAUCGUCUGCUCUAUACUUUAUGUAGCGUAUAACCUAAUGUACCGAAAGUGCGCUUGGUUAAUGAAUUCGUUUUUCGUCCUAAAUUGGUGAAGAUCUUUCAUUGAUAUGUUUCGUGAUGUCAGUCAUGAAAAUUGCUAAAAAACAACUCACAUACACUCCUAGCUACUGUGAAGAGAAUGUGUACAAGCUCUUAGAAUAUCUGAGGGGGUUCGGUAACUUACGUUGUGGAUACGUUGUGUUUUUGUCCAAUGUAAACAAAUCUGUAAGUUGUCAUCAAAGUCUAUUAAACCAGAUACUAGGUUGGUUUGUUCGCCCAAGUAAAGGGAGAUCCUCAAAUGGACCAUUUCAUCAUAUGGGACUACCACGUUUUUCUUAUAUACGACGAUAUGUCUAAUUACUGGGUUUAUGACUUUGACUCACUACUACCGUUUCCCACCCCAUUUGUCCAGUACCUAACACACGGACUCCGGCGGAACACCGUCCUACCAGAAGAACUACAUAGGUCCUAUCGAGUUAUCCCUGGCGUCGACUACUUAAAUCACUUUUCAUCAGACCGUAGUCAUAUGCAGCGUGGGGAUGGCAGCUGGAUAGCACCACCACCAACUUAUGAAUGUAUAUGUGGACAGAGUUCAAGUUCGCCAAAUACUUUACCUUUCUACUGGGAUAUGACAUCCAAUAUAGUUGAGAACUUAUCACUAACGAGCAGUGUUUAUGGAACUGUUUUAACUGAAAGCGAGUUUUUCAAAAAAUUCUCUGGUGUUUAGCUUAUUAUCAUAACCAUUUGGGAACGAUGUACUAAACAAUUUCAUUUUAUUGACUACAAAGUUUUCUUUCAGUUAACACGAAAUAUAUUUCAGUUCUCUUUACCGACUUCCUCCAAAACUCAACAUCAACUCGACCUUACAUAGUACCAUCGAGUAGUUUAGCCUAUUGACUAUAAUAUGAAGGCAUUAUUUUCUGAUCAUACUUUCUGGAUAUUAUUCCUUCCUAUAAUAGUCUAAAUAUCUCUCCAAUAUUUUGGUAUUCCAAACAAUAGUAAGCUAGUAUGCAAUUUGCGACUUACUUUUCAAUGUACAUCAUUGUGAUC